UACCCCGUGAUCCGGAGCCUGCUGCGUGGCCGGGGCUGGGUGGAGAAGAAGGCCCCCAAGGUGGCAUGCCGACGGGAACGAGCACCCGACGGCGAGGAGGAUGGGGAGGGGGACGACAGCGACGGUGCCGAGGAGGGUGAGAGCUGGGCAUGUGGAGGGGCCCGACAAAGGGCCCCCCCCAGAGCAGAUCUUUCCUCUCCCAGUGCCAGGGCUCUCCAGCUGCUCUGGCCAUGGGCUCUCCAGCGCAGGUCCCUGCUCAGGCCUAGGACUCGCUGGGGGCAGCAAGCUCAGGGGACCAUAGCACAGGAGGAGGGUCAGCCUGGGCCCUGGCCCUAAGGAGACUACUGGGGAACCAUGAAGCCUUGUUGUGGGGUGGCUCCAGAUUCUGAGAUACGCUUGGCCCGGUCCCGGGAGUGCCCCAGGCCUGGCAGGUCCCCAAGGAGUGUCCCAGCCCUGCCAGGUUCCCCCAUCCCUGUCUCCGGGAGUGCACCAGCCCUGCCAGGUUCCCCCAGCCCUGUCAGGUUCCCCCAUCCCUGUCCCCGGGAGUGUGCCAGCCCUGCCAGGUUCCCCCAGCCCUGCCAGGUUGCCCCAGCCCUGUCCCCGGGAGUGCACCAGCCCUGCCAGGUUCCCCCAGCCCUGUCCCUGGGAGUGCUCCCCCAGCCCUGCCAGGUCCCCGGGAGCGUGUGGGUCCCAAGAUCAGAGUACUCAGCAGCCUGGGCCAUCAAGCGCUGAGCCCGGGGCAGCGGUGCACUGGCCUCCCUUUGGCUCUUACUCUUCUUCCCCAGACGAGGAGGACGAGGAAGAGGAGGAACAGGAUGAUGACCCUGAUGGCACCUACGACCUCAUGGUUAGUUUGGGGGUGGAGGAGCCCAGGUCACCCCAUCUCCCUGCACCCUCUGGCACAGGGGGAAGGCCAGCCUCACAGGACCCUCCACAGAGAAUCGCCUGCUGAGAGUCGUGCGUACAGGCCGGGGCAGAGCACGGGGUGGGUCGCGGCUGGUUCGCAACCAGAUGCCCUAUUUCAUCUGGACAAACCGGCGAGACGCCAUCGACUGCCGCUUCCUGCGCAAGGAGCAGGUGAUGAACCACUACGCCAAGGCGGGCUCCUUCACCACCAAGGUGGGGCUGUGUCUGAACCUGCGGAACCUGCCUUGGUUCGACCAGGCCGAUGCCGACACCUUCUUCCCCCGCUGCUACCGGCUGGGUGCCAAGGAUGAGAAGCACGCCUUCAUCGAGGAUUUCUGGCUCACCGCCGCCCGGAGCAUCCUCAAAGUGGUGGUGAAAAGGUACUGGAGCUCACCUGCCUGGGGGGCUGGGGCGGCGGCGGCUUCCAGCGCACAGGGACCCGUGAAGGCCGGCGAGUCCACAGAGUCCCCAGGAGGGACUGGCGGGAAGAAGGGCAGCCCCCUGCCACCACAGCUCAUCGAAACGGCCCUGCAGGCCUGCGAGGAGCACCUGAGCAGCCUGAGGCACCAGGAUAUCGACAGGGAGCCCGAGUCCCCUCUGUGCAUGACAGGGGCAUGCUGGGGGGACUUCCUGCGCGCCUACUACCAGGUGGUUCACGAAGGGGCACUCCUGGAUCAGCUGGUCUCCUAUGUCGAAGAGUGCGAGCACUUCCUGCAGCGCCUGGCCGAGGUGCUCCCACAGCUAGAGAUGGAGGGGGACCGCAAUAUCUGGAUUGUGAAGCCGGGAGCCAAGUCACGGGGCAGAGGAAUCAUCUGCAUGGACCGCCUGGAGGAGAUGCUGAAGCUGGUGGAUUGCGACCCCAUGAUCGUGAAGGAUGGCAAGUGGGUGGUGCAGAAAUACAUCGAGAGACCCCUGCUCAUCCACGGCACCAAGUUCGACCUGCGGCAGUGGUUCCUGGUGACGGACUGGAACCCGCUCACCAUCUGGUUCUACCGAGACAGCUACCUCCGCUUCUGCACACAGCCCUUCUCCCUGCACAACCUGGACACCUCCAUCCACCUGUGCAAUAACUCCAUCCAGAGGCACUACGAGAACUCGCUGAGCCGCCACCCCCAGCUUCCUCCUGACAACAUGUGGUCAUCACAGCAGUUCCAGGCCCAUCUGCAGCAGGUGGGGGCGGCGGGUGCCUGGCAGGAGGUGAUCGUCCCGGGCAUGAAGGCAGCCAUCAUCCAUGCCAUGCAGACCUCCCAGGAUGUGGUGGAGUUCCGCAAGAGCAGCUUCGAGCUGUACGGGGCAGACUUCAUGUUCGGGGAGAAUUGCCAGCCCUGGCUGAUCGAGAUCAAUGCCAGCCCCACCAUGGCGGCCUCCACGGCCGUGACCAGCCAGCUGUGUGCCAGCGUGCAGGAGGACACGCUCCGCGUGGUCAUUGACCGUAAGCACGACCGCAGCUGCCCCACGGGGGCCUUCGAGCUCAUCUACAAGCAGGCGGCUGUCGAUGUGCCCCAGUACAUAGGAAUAAGCCUUUUGGUGGAAGGAUCCACUGUCAAAAAGCCACGGCCUCCAAACCACAGACUCUCCCCCAGUGCCAGCCCCAGGCCGGGCCCCAGCGUGCCCAGCUGCCCGCAGCACUCCCAAGCACACCCCCAGAGCUCCCCUCGUGGGCCUAGGGCUCCACAGCUCGCCAGGGCCGCCAGGCCCCCGGCACCGGUCAGCGGCAAGGAGAACAGAGCCAGGGAGAAGGGGGCAGCCAUCGGGGCCUGUGCUGCAGCUGGCCCCCGGCGGAAGCUGCUCAGCAAGCUGCGAGCACAGCCAGGCAAGACGAGGCUGCUGGAGAUGCACAGCGUGGCCACUUCCCCACUGGGGGACAAGCUGGUGCCGCUGCCCCAGCCCAGGCUCUGUCUCAAGUGCAGCUCCCAGGUGGCGGUCCCUAGCCCCAGGGCACCCCCACGGCUCCACCUCCAGUGCAGCAAGGACAAGGGGCAGCUGCAGAGACCGGCCCGGCAGCCAGGUAGGGAGCUGCAGCUGCACGUGCGGGACUUGCGCACCUUCCAGCUGGCCUGUGGGCACGCUGCCACCCCCACUCACUCCCUUGCUUGCUCUCCAGGGAAGCCCCGUGUGCCGGAGCACCAGUGGGGACAUGCCCAGGCUGCACUGCGGGAGAGGCCCCCAGCCCCUCCUGCCGGGCCUGGCCAGCAGUGUGCCAGGGGCUGGCUGCGCUGGGCCCCGCACCCAGCCUCUGCCCCUGAGCUCGGGGCCUUGCACACGGACGUGGGCAGAAGGAAGCAGAAGAGAGACAGGAUGUGCAGGCCCCGCAGAGACAGGCAGGCUCCCAGGCCUCUGCUGCCCUGCUGGAAACCCAUAGGCUGGUUUGCACCUGCUCAGCAGCUGGCCCCACCCUGGCAGCAAGGCAGCCACCUCCAGCAGCGAGCCCCUGAGUGCUUGGGGCACGGCCCUCGGCCCUGCUUGCCUGCCCGUGCCUGCAGCCACCCUCCUGAUGGACUGGCCUCAGCUGGGGCCCCACAGCAGCAAGGGAUGCAGUGGGUUGCCCCAUUCUGCUGGACUCCGCCAGUGAAGCCAACCUGUAGGGGGCUGGGCACACAUCUGAGGACACCUGGCACUGCGGGCAAAGGCAGAGGAGCCCGCAAGGGACCAGGGACCCCACCCAGAAAGCGGAGAGGGGGAAAGGCAUCAGCUGGGGCAGGCGGCAGAGCAGGGCAGAGAAUGGUCACAGCAGCUGGUGCUUUGGCUGCAGCGCCCAGGGCCGAGACUGAGAAGCAGGAUGAGGGUAGGAUCAGCUCCUGGUCAUGCCCUGAGACCACAGGCCACAAGUGGCCAGAGGGUCUGGAACUAGGAGUGCAGGGGUUUGACGUGGUUUCCAUCAUAUCCAGGGUUUGCAGUUUGGCUCCAUGGCUCAGUCCCCCCGUACACAUUGCUCCAGUGCCCCUGCAAGCAGCCAGCCUUGGCACUGUUGGGGGGGGGGGGCGGCGGACGACAGUGCAGACAGGCCAGGACCUGCCCCCUGAUCCCUUCACCACAAGCUGCCCCCUACGGAAGGCAGGGCCUGCCCCCCAUCCCAAUGGGCAAACCCUUGUUUUCACUGCAUUGGGACCAGCUGUGGGCUGGGCUCUCCGCCCCAGUGCUGGAUUGGAUGGUUUCACAGCACCGCAGCAGGGUGGGGGACACAGAGCAGGGGACCGUCUCACACAACCUGAGCACACCCAAGGCUGCUCUGGGGGGCCAUCCUGCCAGACCCUGUGCAUUCAGCUUCCCUUUGUCUCAGUGGGGUGCAGCACCCUGACUUCACUGGCACAGACUCUGCCUGUUACCCCACGGCCCAGCUACCCGAGGCCCCCAGACCAGGGCUGAGCCCCCAGACUGCCCAGUGGGCACUCUGGGAUGCAGCUGACCUCUUCUGGGGCACUCCUCGUGAAAGCAGCCAGACAAGGGUUCUAAACCGGUCACUCUUAGUUACAGCCAGACAAAAUAAAUUCCUGCACAGAGCCCCCUGCCUCAGUUCCUCACCCUUCUGAAUGGCCAAGAUCUCCCCCUGCAGCUCAUGCCUACUGUGAAUCAUGGGAGUGCCACUCUCCACCGGCUGGGCCUACAGGCAGAAAUGGCCCUAUGCUACCCCCAUGUCCCUUUGGCCCUACUCUGGAAGCAGGGUUCCCAACCCUCCAGCAUGGGCCUGGAAUCUCCAAGAAUUAAAGAUGAAGCUUUAAUUAAA